AUCCAAAACUUCCUUCCAGGAAACCGAGUGAACAAUUUAAUUUCACAAGUAAAUACUUUAAGAAAAAAGGACAGAACAAAAUAUAAUUUCAAUCCAACCCCCAGACAUCGACCAGAAGAAAUACUAGAGAGAGAGAGAGAGAGAGAGAGAGAGAGAGAGAGGAGGAGGAGGAGGAGAGAGAGAGGAGAGCUUCUUCUUCGAAGACAAGAGGGGAAUCAAAUCAUUGAUUAGAAACCCCAGGACAGAGAAACAACUCUGCUUCUUCGAUCAUUGCGUUUCAAGAUCUCGAUUGUUCGUUCAAUACAGGGACUCAUUGUGCUUCAGCUAUGGCAAACUCCAAGGGUUCAUCAAAUAUCAGAAAUUUUAUGUAUUCCGGAAAGCAUCCUUUACUUCCUCCUAAAAGUCCAUUACCUAGUGUUCCCCCAUCAUAUGCAGAUUAUGUCCUUAGUCCUGCAAUUGGAUCAAAAACUGUUCAGAAGCCUAGGGAGGGAAAUGCACAUCACCAGCGGACUUCCUCAGAGAGCCUACUUAUAGAGGAACAACCUUCUUGGCUUGAUGAUCUCCUUAAUGAGCCGGACACACCUAUACGCAGAGGAGGUCAUCGUCGUUCAUCAAGUGACUCUUUUGCAUAUGUGGAUGCAAUUAAUGCUUCUAACCUUGAUUAUGCCACUCAAGAUGAUUACAAAUAUCAUAAUAUGAUUUCUGCACUCUCUUGGGGAUCCCAAGACCUUGAUCCUCGAAAAGAUUUACGACAUGCUUCAUUAUACACAGAACUGAACUUGGUGAAGCAGAAGAAUAAGGCAUGGGAGUCUUCUUUGAAUAGUGUAAAUAACCUGAACAGCCUUCCUUCUGUCAGGGAUAACAUUGUUCUUCAGAGUUCAGGAUCAUUAUCUACACCACAAGAAGCUGAUGGGAUUGCCUCUACAGCGAGUGAAAAGCAUGAUCAUGUUGAUUCUGGUCUUCAUGAUCCAAAGUCUUCUUCUGAGAGAAAGGACAAUUCCAAUGCUAAGCCUUAUGCAUCUGAGACUGAUGCAAAACGUGCUAAACAGCAAUUUGCUCAACGUUCACGGGUUCGGAAACUUCAGUACAUAGCAGAGCUGGAGAGGAAUGUACAAGCUUUACAGGCCGAAGGGACUGAAGUUUCGGCUGAGCUUGAGUUUCUCAACCAGCAGAAUAUGAUUCUGAGCAUGGAGAACAAAGCCCUCAAGCAGCGCUUAGAAAGUAUAGGACAGGAGCAGCUUAUCAAAUACUUGGAACAAGAAUUGUUGGAGAGGGAGAUUGGGAGGCUACGAGUCUUGUAUCAGCAACAACAGCAACAGCAACAGCAGCAACCUUCUUCAAGCCAUAGACGCUCUAACAGCAGAGACCUUGAUUCCCAAUUUGCAAACCUGUCUUUGAAACACAAGGAUGCAAAUGCAGGUCGUGACCCUGUAACAGGCGCACUUCGCAUUUAGAUAUGCAAUGUAGCCAAAAGUUGUGUUUUGCCUCAACUUUUCUUCCACUGAUCGAUGUUGCCAAUUGCCAUGCCUGACCAAGUUUCUUGCUUCCCUGGUGCGGGAUAAGGCUGAGCUAUUCCACUCCCAGCGCCUUCUCUCUCUCCUCACUUUGUGCGAUUUAAUUUCUGUUUAUUGCCCUUGUCUGUUAACGUCGGUGCACCUGGUAGCCAAUUCCCAAAGUAAGUUCUACUUGGGGCAGUUGACUUACCGGAGGUGGUAACUCAAAGCAGGUUCGGUAUUUCAGUCGUUAUUAUGUAUGUCUUAAGUAACCAUUGAUUCAUAAAAUGUUGUAUGUUCCAUUUUUUGCCCGUUGCAGAUUUCGACAUAGUACAAAAAGAUGGGCUGAUUGGAUGUGCACUAGUUGUAAUGCAUGUUAUGGUAGCAAAAAAAUGUGUACUUGUAAAAUGUUUCAAAUGAAAUCCUUGGUUUCUUUGAUUU